GUUCGUGUUGGGUUGUGUGUCGGGUUCUUUGUCAGGCCCCCGAGUGGGGUAGUGUUUGUGCAUGGCGGGCCCGGGGGUGCUGCAGGUCCUGGCGCUGCUUCCUUGGGGCCUCACUGGCUCUGCCUGCCCUGAGUCACUGCGGGCGGAGGCCGAACCUUUACCCGAUCCAGCGCAGCCCUGUGCUGGGGAAACACGCACAGUGAAACCGGCCAUUCCUGCGGCUGCCAGGGCACACCCCUAAAGCUGGAAGCAGUCCGGAAAAAGAGACUGGUUUUGGAUAUUUAAUAACCGGGACUGAAUUCAUUCUGUUGUGAUUGAAUUGGAGGUUUCUCCCUGCUCAGAUGUGUUGCUGGCUAUUGCAUGUUGAUGAAUCUGGGGAUCAAAAUGUAUGUUAAAAUGUGUAAAGAAAUAAAUGCUGACCGAAGUUGCAGAGGGAAAAUUGAAAUUAUCUAAUAAGAUAUACUUUUUAGGCAAACCUAGGAAUUCAGGUAUUGCAGAUGAAAACAGGAAGAUAAAGGCUGCUUUAGUAAAUAUAGCAAAGGGUAUUUCGCAGCAAAAUGGUGUUGAGGGAGUGUUUAUUCUCCUCUUCUGUAGUGCAUCUCUCCUUCUCCAUGUGCUAUCUCUUGUAGUUAUUCAGCCCUUCAUUAAAAUGGGGUUUGUGUGUUUCAUAAAUUAAAUAUGUAAAUUUUUUUUCUCAGUUCUAUUUUUGUUGGUCUGAUGAGCUGCACUGGCUUGUGCAGGUGCUGGACAAACCCCAGAGUGGAAAUAGGAGGAGCAGGACCUUCCCACAUCAGCAGCAGUGAACUGUCAGAGCAGAUGACCCACCUGUGAGUUAGAUCAGCUGAAGGUGUUAGAGGAAAUUAAAAACUGGUAUCCUUUGUUAAGGUCCUAUGAAGGACUGUUUAAUCAGGACUUAAAUAGUGCUAGUUCGAAGGCAGGAAAUAUGAUCUUAAUUUCUUAAUAGAUUGAAAAUUUUGCCACUAUAUUUUCUCAGCAUUCAUACACCCUUUAGUUGAUUUCAUUUCCCUUGCUUUCCAUUUGAGAAUAGUCAAGAGUUUUGUUGAAAAUUCUUGAAUUUUUUUGUGUUGGAUCACACAGAAAAUUCACUUCAUAAAGACUAGCUCGGGAGGUCCCAUCUCUUAUGAGCCACAAGUUGUGUUACCAGCAGCAGCCUGAGGAAAGUGCUGGUGGUGCUAGGGCUGAGCUGAUGUUGUGUUGUGUUGUUCUGUGUUGUGUUUGCUGUUGUCAAGGUAUCUUCCCAGGGAACAGGGCAUGUGACAUCUUUGUGCCCAUUUGGUGUGGGAGGAAGUGGAGAGGGUUGUUCAGGGUGCCCAGGGAGCACAUCCUUGUCCAAAUGUCCCUUGUAGGUCUCACCUGUCCUGGUUCGGGUAAUUCCUGUCUCCCUUCCUAAACCAUUUCUGGGAGACUCUGCCUUGCAGGAUCUGAAAGAUGCUGCUUGUUUCUAUUUCCUUUAGUGGAAAUAAAAAAUGCAAAAUACUCAUCCAGCUGUGGAAAUCAGCUCAGGCUGAGGUGGAGGAAACACUGAAGCGAAUCCAGAGCCAGAAAGGAGUGCAGGGAAUCAUCGUGGUUAAUUCAGAAGGUAUUCCCAUCAAGAGCACCAUAGACAACUCCACCACCAUUCAGUACGCCGGCCUCAUGCACAGCUUCAUCAUGAAGGCCAGGAGCACCGUGCGGGACAUCGAUCCCCAGAACGACCUCACAUUCCUGCGGAUCCGCUCCAAGAAAAACGAAAUCAUGGUUGCUCCAGAUAAAGACUAUUUCCUGAUUGUCAUCCAGAAUCCAACUGAAUGAUUACACUGACUCAGUCUAUUUUUUUCCCUUUGCCUGUUUUAUUUUCCCUGUUUUAUGUUUUAUUUAAUGAUAAAGAAUAGAGCAUUAGUGUUAACUGUGCUGUGACUCUUCAGUAAGGUUUGGGAGAAUUAAAGUAGAUGGUUUUGUUGACUACAAACAGAAAAAAUGGCACUUUUUGUAUCACAAGUCAUUUUGAUUGGGAGCUGGUGAGUUGGAAUUGGGCAGUAAAAGAUGCAACAGAUUCUUUUGAUAGCUAAGAUAAUAAAAUUCUAAUAAUAAUAACAAAAAAGACUAAUCUUUGUAUGCUUCUAUGUUUCUUUCACCACUGAGCACUGCUUUUACACUCUUAGUUUUGAAUGGCUGUAAAUAUGACUUCCUGUCCUCUAGUUCUGUCUUACUCUGUUGGUUUUACUUAAAAAAGUCUGACCAUAAGAAAUUAAAAAGUGUCACCAGUAA